UAAGAAAAGGAUUUUUGUCCCCAUUUCCUAGAUGAGCUCAUAGAGGCCCAAGGUUAAGCAGUGGCAGAGCCUGGAUUUGCCGCCAGGUUUUGUGUUUGACCUCUCCCUCCUGUCCCUGGGCCCCUGAACAGCAGAGAGGGAAGGGAGGUUCACAAAGACAGGUUCACAGAGCUCCCGGGCUCAGCUCCUGUCCCCACUUCCUGAGACAUGCCCAGGUGACUCCAGGAGGAAGGGUGAAGCAGAACCUUCCAGCCUGGGCACACACUGGGGAGCUGUAAGGAGAACUCUCAGAGACAGCACUGCUGGCACCAUGGCCUGCCCAGACAGAGAAAACUCGAUAGAGGCUGUCAUUGAGUAUCUCCGGAACGAAGAGAACCUAAAGAAGCUGCACCGCCUGCUGUCUAAAGAUGAAGAGUGGGAGAAACUUGUGGCCGAGGGUGAUUUGUCCAGGGAAGAGGUGGAUGAACUCCGAGAAGCUCUGAAGGAGCUUGCAACAUAUGUGUCCAUGGAGGACCAAGAGAUGGCCCAAGAAGACCAGCUGACCCAAGAAGACUGUAUUCAAAUACAGUCGUUUUUGAAUGAGUUUCCUCAGAUGAAAAUGGAGCUUGAGGAGCGCAUACAAAAGCUCUACGCUCUCGCAGAUGAGGUUGACAAGGUUCACCAGGACUGCACCAUCUCUGAGGUGGUGGCCAGCACCACCGGGGCUGUCUCUGGCAUCCUGACCAUCCUUGGCCUGUCUCUGGCACCUCUGACAGCAGGGGUGAGUCUGGCGCUCUCGGCCACUGGGAUAGGGCUAGGAACAGCCGCUGCCGUGACCAGUGUCUCCACCAGCAUUGUGGAAUACUCAAGUGAGGUGUCGGCAAAAGCUAAAGCCAGCCAGCUGUUGGCAACCGAUGUCAACAUAGCAGAUGUGGGGAAGGAGGCUGUGGGUCAGAACAUACCCAAAUUUGCUGACCUAACAUGCAAGUGCUCCCAAGCUGUGAAAGUCAUUGGGAAGAAUGCCCGUGCCAUCAAGUUGGUCAAAGCCAACCCACGCUUAGCAGCCAAUGCCAAGCGUCACAUGACCUCUGGGAAGAUCUCAGCCCGAAGCAGUAAGCAGGUACAGAAAGCUUUUGGAGGCACCACUCUAGCAAUGACCAAAAAUGCCCGGAUCCUGGGUGCAGCCACUGCAGCUGUCUCUCUUGUGAUGGAUGUGGCCAGCCUUGUGCAGAAGUCAAUCCACUUGCAUGAGGGAGCGAAGGCAAAGUUGGCUGCAGAGCUGAGGCAGGAGGCACAAACAUUGGAGAAGGAGCUGGAGCAGCUCACCCAGAGAUAUGAGCAUCUGCAGCGGGGCCUGGCCCAGUGACUCUCCAGGGCAGUGCAGAUUGGGGUGAGGGUGGGGGUGGGGAGUGGACAAAGGCAUGGACAAAAUGGAGACACUUUAUUAAAAGGAGAAAGAGGGUGAAAUGGGAACUGGAUUUUAAGGGUUUGGCAUUUCUGGAGCUGAGCACUGCAAGGAAGGUGUUAACGCAGAUGGCAACUGGGUCAAAAAGAAAGUGGAACGCUGGAGCCAGAAUAAGGGGCAAGGGAGCCCAGGAGAACAGGGAAGGGGAAGAAGAAAUCCAUUUUGGACUAAAGAAUACACUGUAGGAUGAAUAGAGAGGGAGGCCUGCAGGAAUAAGCAAUGAGAAAGCCCGAAAAACAAAAGAAUUGAAAAUGGGAGAAGGCCAAGAACUGCUGGAAUAAGAAGAAACAGCAGCUCCACUACCAACCUUCUCUAUGGUUUGAUGUCCCUGUAAGAAUGAGUCUUCCUGGCCAGGCAUGGUGGCCUGUGCCUGUAACACUAACACUCUGGGAGGCCAAGGCAGGAGGAUUGCUUAAGUUUAGGGGUUUGAGAC